AUUCAAGAUUUCAGCGUUAUGCCAUUCGGCCAUUCCCCACACUGAUUUCUCUCAAUUCGAUUUCUCCAAAACUACUCGCUAACAGUCUCCAAAAAUCGGUAGUACUCUUCCACGAUUUCUCAAAGGUAAUCGACUUCAGCUUCAUCCUGGUUUUUCUCUAUCAUUUCGAGGAAGAGAUUCUCUGUGGCUAACUUCUCAUCUUGUUCUGUUGAACCUAUAAAAUCAAUAACAAUCUGAGGAAACGUUUUUUAAUCGAGAGACUGUAAUUUUACCAGUUAUCGAUCCCUUUUUCUCUUCUUCAAAUUCUCUGAUACAGUGACUCACUUCAAAGCAUAAAGUCUGAAACACAACAGGGAGAGGGAGAGGGAGAGGCAAUCAGGCAAUGGCAGAAACAAUACCCUUCAAAAACCUCCACAGUAGGGAAUAUCAGGGCCACAAGAAGAAGGUACAUUCAGUCGCUUGGAAUUGCAUUGGCACAAAGCUUGCAUCGGGCUCUGUGGAUCAAACAGCUCGGGUAUGGCAUAUCGAGCCCCAUGGCCACAGCAAGGUUAAGGAUCUUGAACUAAAGGGGCAUACAGAUAGUGUAGAUCAGUUAUGUUGGGAUCCUAAACACGCCGACUUGAUUGCCACUGCUUCAGGCGACAAGACUGUUCGUCUAUGGGAUGUCCGCAGUGGAAAAUGUUCACAGCAAGCAGAACUCAGUGGGGAGAACAUUAACAUUACCUAUAAACCAGAUGGGACUCAUGUAGCAGUUGGGAACCGGGUAAAUGAGAUUGCAUGGAACAUGAGUGGGGACAUGUUCUUCUUGACUACUGGAAAUGGUACUGUUGAAGUACUGGGAUACCCAUCGCUUCAAGCGGUUGACACCUUGACAGCUCAUACUGCUGGUUGUUAUUGCAUUGCUAUUGACCCCUUGGGAAGAUAUUUUGCUGUUGGAAGUGCGGAUUCGUUGGUGAGUCUGUGGGAUAUCUCGGAAAUGCUUUGUGUGCGUACAUUCACAAAGCUCGAAUGGCCAGUGCGGACCAUAAGCUUCAACCACACGGGGGAAUAUAUCGCUUCCGCUAGUGAAGACUUGUUCAUUGACAUAUCGAAUGUAGAAAGUGGGAGGUCAGUUCACCAAAUCCCGUGUCGGGCAGCAAUGAACAGCGUGGAGUGGAAUCCAAAAUACAAUUUGCUUGCGUAUGCUGGUGAUGACAAAAACAAGUAUCAGGCGGAUGAAGGUGUUUUUCGGAUAUUUGGCUUUGAGAGCGCAUAACUUAACUAAUUCCCUCGAAUCUAGGGUGUAGUUGGAUCUCCUCAUCUUCUCUUUUUCAAUAUUAAUAGGAAAGAAUGAAUGAAUGAAUGUUUCCAACCUCAUAUCACAUCUGUUUAAAAAUGGAUAUUGUAAGUUGAUUUUGGUGGAUCAUCAUCAAUCAGGUCCUUUGGUCAAA